AUGCAAUUGUCCAGAACAUGGUCCAUCCUUAAUGGCCUCGUCGCAACACUCCUCUUCUCAACGUUAACGCCUGCGAUCGAAUUAGACGUCGGCGAUGAACAAUCAAUUAAAGAUGCCGCCAGUACGAGUACUUACUCCAUGAUGGGAUGGUAUGCCGGCAAUGAAACCGGACAAAUCCCUGGCGCUUUCCCUGAAAAAUGGUGGGAAGGGUCUGCACUUUUCCUUGCGCUUCUCCAAUACUGGCACUUCACCGGUGACGACACUUACAACUCUUUGAUGAGCGAGGGAAUGGAGUGGCAAUCGGGCGAUAAGGGUGACUACAUGCCCAGCAACUACAGUAGUUACCUGGGAAAUGACGAUCAAAUGUUUUGGGGUCUCGCAGCUAUGAUGGCCGCCGAGCUGAAAUUCCCCGACGUCCCGGACAAAUUCUCGUGGCUUUCGCUCGCACAGGGUGUAUUCAACACCCAGACUGCUCGAUGGGAUAUGACAACCUGCGGUGGUGGUCUGCGUUGGCAGCUCUUCCCUUACCAGGACGGAUAUACCAUGAAGAACGCCGUAUCAAACGGUGGUCUAUUCCAACUUGCUGCCCGUCUCGCCCGCUAUACGAAUGAAGACAAGUACACGAAAUGGGCCGAGAAGAUCUGGGACUGGUCUGUUUCCUCGCCCCUAGUGAACAACAAGACUUGGAAUGUUGCCGACUCGACGCAAAUGAGCAAUGACUGCGCCGACGCUGGUAACUACCAGUGGACCUACAACUACGGCACAUAUCUGAUGGGGGCUGCUUACAUGUAUAACUUUACAAGCGACGAAAAGUGGAAGACCCCAGUCGACGGUCUCCUCGGCCGAACCCUCAAGACCUUCUUCCCGCACGGCGACGUCUUCGAAGACACGACCUGCGAACCGAUCAAAAAGUGUAAUUUCAAUGAAAUUCUCUUCAAGGGCCUCACCUCCUCAUGGCUCGCAUUCACCGCACUCCUAGUCCCCGACACCGCAGCACAGAUCAAACCCAAACUCGCGAGUUCUGCCCAAGCCGCCGCAAAGACCUGCACGGGAAACAACAACAACACAUGCGGUAUCGCGUGGUAUCAAAACAAGUGGGAUGGAACAACUGGUAUGGAGCAGGAGAUCAGUGCUACGAAUGUCUUCCUUGCGAACAUGAUCAACUUCGACACCGGCACGUUUGGACCUGUCACCUCCAAGACUGGUGGAAACAGCAGCAGUGAUCCCAAUGCGGGUGAAGGGAGUGGUGAUGAAGACAAGGAGAAGCCUAUUACGAAUGGGGAUAAGGCUGGCGCCAGUAUUCUGACGUUGAUCUUUGUCUUUGCUUGGGCUGGUGCUAUGGCUUUUAUGAUGCUGGGUGCUUAA